UACAAGGAGGCAACAGGGGCCUGCAAAGCUAGUAGUAUUAUAGUAGUCGAUUGGAAGCUAGACUAGAAAGGGUGACGCAGCUGUCAUCCCACACCCGAAACCCUCUCUUCCAGCGCAUAACCCCCCCUGUCCAUCCCUCUCCUCCUCCGAGUCUCCUUCGCCUCUCCUCUUAACAAAUCCCUCCUCCACCUCCUCCACCUUCCCAGCCUGAGGUGGGGAGAGGUUAUGGAAGAAGAGCACUACUUGGAAACCGAGGAGGUCGGAGCACACACGGUAGGCCGGUUGCUCCUGUGCAAGGCGGUGAGCUGGGUCGUGAUCGACCCAGCCGCGCAAUAAGCCUCGAGAUAUAUAUAAAGGAGAAGGCGCGAUCAGAUAAAAUGGUUUGAUCCUCAUAGGAGUAUUCGAGAUUUCUGUGCGCGAGAGGAAGCAAGCGGCAGCCGGGGUGUGUUUUUUGAUGGCUGCGGCGUCGUCCUCGGCUGGUGGAUCGUCGCCGGCGGCGCACGCGACGGCGGGCGGCGGCGGGAUACCGAACCACCGGACGCGGUUCGGCGACACCACGCUUACCAAGGUGUUCGUAGGGGGGCUCGCGUGGGAGACGCCGUCCAAGGGGCUCCACGAUCACUUUCAGCGAUAUGGUGAAAUUCUCGAGGCCGUCGUCAUCGCCGAUCGCGAGACCGGCCGGUCCAAGGGCUACGGAUUCGUGACGUUCCGGGACCCGGAGUCCGCGCAGGAGGCGGUGCUGAACCCGAACCCGACGAUCGGCGGGCGGCGCGCGAACUGCAACAUUGCCUCCCAGGGGCCGCCGCGGCCAUCGUCGUCGCCGUCGCGAGGGCGGGCCCCACGUGGGUCCCAUUUUCCGGAUCAACCACACAUUGGCCCACAUCCUUACAUGGGCGGCCGGAUGCCGCCGCAGCAGAUGACGGCCCCACCUCAACCAAUGUACUACCACCCUCAGUACUGGUACCCAUCUGAUUAUUCAUACCAGCAUCCAUACCAACAGGCCGUGUACAAUUCACAAGUGUUGCCGCAUUACUACCCUCAGCUGUAUGGUCCAAAUUCUCCUUCAACGCCAUCAUACCAGCUCAUGGGGUAUAUGCCGGGUGGUCCGGGUCCAAGGACUGGCUACUCCCCGAUGCAGCAAGCUGCACGGCCGCCUUUCGUUCAGCAGCCUACAGCGCAGUUUGAGGGUUCUUUCCCUCCAGGGCCUUCACUCCCACCAAAUUUCAGACUUCAGUUACCGCCUCAUGCAGUCUCGAGGCAACCAGAUGAUACAGCAGGUGCUCAAUCAGCUCCGCCAGUCUCUGCGAGUGCAGCCCCAACUCCAACAACCACAGACAACCAGGAAGCAUCAAAGACUGUAGGACCAAAUUAAGAUCAAAACACCUCGAACUGACUUGGUGAACUGAAAAUUCUUUCGAAAUGAUUUAAGAUGUCAGCCCACAUGGUGGUCUGUAACACAAUUUCAAGCACUCAUUUCUUGACUGAAAAAAGCACCAAAGAUUUGUUCUUUCAUUAUUUCUUUUUCUUUUUCCAGUUUUCUCAAUGCAUUUCUUUGGUGGAUCAAUUGUAUGGCCCAACUCAGCUUCACAAAAAAAAACUGUAAUUUUUCGCAAUCUC